AAACCAAAACCUGAAGGGGAAAAAAAAACUUAAAAAAAAAAAUACGAACGUACAAAUUUCUCAAACAAUUUUCUUUUGAAAAUCAGAAAGGACCUUUUCAGAUUGAGAAACGAAAAAAAAAUUACAGAAGAAAAAAACAACAAUUUCAUGGCAGGCAUUUUGCAGUUACGUGUUUGAUUCCCAAGGCAAAAAUUAAAUUUCCCUUCCUCUUGAUUAUGCAGAGCUAAUUUUAUUUUUCAUUAUUCCAAAACCCUAGGAGAGAGAGACUUUUCUUUGUCACUUCAAUUGCUCUGCCCUAGCUUCUCAAUUUUGUAAUUCAGGUUUCUGGACCAAUGGGAAGGGACAGGUUGUAGCUAUUGAGGCAGGAAUGCAUGUAUGUGGUUUAGGAUCUGCUCUCUUAGUAAAUGCUGAGGUUGAUUCCAUGGGAGGGGUUGUUGACGGCGGAGUUGGAAUUGGGAUCAAAACCUCUCCACGCCGAGCAGCAAUUGAGAGAGCUCAGACAGAGCUGAGACAGGAGUAUGAUGUUCGUGAGGAAAGGCGAAGAGAGCUAGAAUUUCUUGAGAAAGGUGGCAAUCCAUUGGACUUUAAGUUUGGGAAUGCAGCUUCAGUUAGUGUUCAGUCUACUUCUCUCACUGAUCAUCAAACAGAAAAUUUUGUGACUAGUGAAGCAAAAGGUAGUUUUGCAUUGACUGCAUCCCCUCAUGGUGACUCUGUGGAGAGUAGUGGCAGACCAGGAGCACUAACAGUUUGUGAACCCAACAGUGCUGACAAUUUUGAUGCUGACAAUGAAAUUCUUGAAAGGGAAAGGAAAUUUAAACAUUCUAGUCGAAGGAGUCAUGUUGCUCCAUCAGAACAGUCUUCCCAGAUUGAUGGGGCUCAAAAUGCAAAGGAAUCUGAAGAUUCUGCCAUUGUACGACCAUAUGCUCGAAGGAACAGGUCUAGACCAAAUCGUGAUGGUGCUCGAUCAAGCUCAACUGAUGUAGUUCAGAGUUCUGGUGGUCAUGGAUCUUUAUUACAGAUUCAUGGGGGUUCAAGGGAUGCAAAGGGGUCAAUAUCUGAAACAAACCAUGAGAAGGACCGGAUUAUUACUUCUGGUUUGCACCCUAAGUCCACUGCUUCUAAUGGUGAUAUGGUUUCUCAGAUUUUGGUUACAAAUUCGCAGUCAAAAAAGCACGUGGAUGGUGCUCAGGCUCUGGAAGCAUUAGCCAGCACUACUAAAUCUAGUCUCCCUGAAAGUAGGUUGAAUGUCCCAGAUGCCAACAUUUCUGGGGGUAACCAACAUGAUAAAACAGGAGUUUUAGAAGAUGAUCAGAAAAUGUCGGUUGACAUGGUUUCUAGGGGUUGUGACCAUGUUGAAGGUAAAGAACAGGUGAUUUUAGCUGCUUCUGAGUAUCCAUGUGGUGCAGCUGUGACAAAAACUGAGAAUGAAAAUGGUUCUGCUCACUUAAAUAUCUUCAAUGACUUGAAAAAAGAUGGCAUUGAAGGCCAAAAUAACAAUGGUGCACAAGGAACAAAAGGAUUACAUUCAGAAUCCUCUUGCACACAAAAUGUCAUGUGCUUAGAGGCAAACAAGGAGAGUGAUUUACAUAUUAUUGGAAGAAAUGACGACACUAAUGAGAUUCUUGUGAAACGGACAUCAGACUCUGAAGAAAUGGAAAUUUUAGUGGCCGGUGAAAUAGGAAAUGAAAAGAAUGAUAUCAAGGUUAUUGACUGCGGUGAUGUGAUGAAAGAAGACGAUAUUUUUCCACACCAAAACCAAUCUGACAAUGAUCCUGUUCGCAAUAUUAAGGAAGAAAUACAGAAAAGUCCUGAUGAGUUAAAAUGUUCUUCAUACUCGAAAGAAGUAGAACAGAAUGACCAUACUGAACCUGAGGGUGAUAAAAAACAAUGUAAUGAAAUAGGUGAAAAUUUUAGUGUCAAUAUCUUCUCUGGUGUGCCACAGAACUCUAUCAAUUUCUCAAAUAAAGAGUUAUCUGAAUUGACAUUGUCUGAGAAAAGCUCUUAUGCUGCUGCUGACCCUCAAUCUUGUUCUGGUAACCAUUUGGUAGCUGCAGAGAAGGCUCAUGAAGAUUCUAUUCUCGAAGAGGCACGGAGCAUAGAGGCUAAACGCAAGAGGAUUGCAGAGUUACAUGUUGGAACUGUACCUUUGGAGAGUCGCCGGAAGUGUAACUGGGAUUUUGUGCUUGAAGAAAUGGCAUGGCUGGCAAAUGAUUUUGCACAGGAGCGUCUUUGGAAAAUGACUGCUGCUGCUCAAAUAUGUCACCGAGUUGCUUUCAGCUAUCAGUUAAGAGUUGAAGAACAGAAUCAACAACGGAAGCUUAAGAGAGUUGCUUACUCUCUGUCAAAAGCUGUCAUGCAGUUCUGGCAUUCAGCUGAGGUGUUGGUAAAUGGAGAUGACCAGUUUGCUGGUUUAAAAAACAGCAAGCAUGAUUCAAGGAUAUUUGAUGGGAAGGAAUUGUCCAAGGACAAGCUUGGAGAACUUGAUAAGGAGACUUACACAGAUUUUGAGAUGCAAAGUCCUGGAAAGAAUUUUGCACGGUCAAUUCAGGGAUAUGCUGUGAGAUUCUUAAGAUGCAACAAUUCUCCAAUUCCUUCCCUUGAAGCAGAAGCACCAGCAACUCCUGAUAGAUUAGGCGAUUCAGGCAUUGUUGAAACUUCCUGGGAAGAUCACCUUACAGAAGAAAGCCUAUUUUAUGCAGUUCCCUCAGGUGCAAUGGAGGCCUACAGGAUCUCUAUUGAGUCUCAUUUGGCCCAGUGUGAGUUUUUCCCCUUUCAGAAGACUGGCAGUAACAUACAGGAGGAAGUUGAUACAUCUAUGUAUGAUGCUACUGCAGAUUUUGGGUAUCGUGGGGAUAUGUACGAUGAAGAGGAUGGAGAAACAAACACUUAUUAUCUGCAUGGAGGUCUUGACAAUACCAAGUCAACAAAACAUGACCAGAAGAAAAGGAAAAUCCUUAAAUACUCUGCUGAUUUUCCUUAUGGAAACUACGCAGCUGGGUCCCAACCGCAUGCAUUGAUGGGAAAAAGGCCUGGGUCUGCCAGUAAUCUUCAUGUGGGUCCAAUUCCGACAAAACGUGUCCGUACUACUCCUAGGCCGAGGUUUAUAACUCCUUUUACUGCUGGAGCUUCUGGAUGCAUGCAGACUCCGGCGAAGACAGAUGCUUCAAGUGGAGAUACUAGUUCUUUUCAGGAUGAACAGAGUACUCUGCAUGGUGGAUCCCAAGUCCAGAAGAGUGUGGAGGUUGAGUCAGUUGCUGAGCAGUUAACUUAUGACUGUGCAGAGACAUCAACAAAGCCAAAAAAGAAGAAGAAGGCAAAACAUCUGGCUUCUGCUUAUGAGGGUUGGCAGAUGGAUUCUACUUUUCAUAAUGAACAGAGGGAUAAUUCCAAAAGGAGAUUGGAUAGUCCUCAUUUCGACUCGAAUGGAACUAGUGGUUUAUAUGGGUACCAUACUUCAAAGAAACCAAAAUUACUGAAACGAUCACUUGACAAUACCUAUGACAACAUGGCUCAAAGUGGAUUAGUUCCUUCUCCUGCGGCUUCCCAAAUGAGUAAUAUGCCUUGCACAAAUAAAGGUGUGAAAAUGAUUGGUAAUCGCGAUAGGGGCAGAAAGACUAAAUUACUAAAGGUGCCUACAGGGCCACAAGGUCCUGGAAGUCCAUGGUCGCUUUUUGAAGACCAGGCACUGGUUGUCCUUGUACAUGAUAUGGGUCCCAAUUGGGAGCUUGUAAGUGAUGCCAUUAACAGCACCCUUCAAUUUAAGUGCAUAUUUCGCAAGCCUAAAGAAUGCAAAGAACGGCAUAAAAUUCUAAUGGAUAAGAGUGGUGGUGACGAUUAUGACAGUGCUGAUGAUUCGAGAACUUCUCAAUCCUAUCCAUCAACUUUGCCCGGUAUCCCGAAGGGCAGUGCCAGACAAUUAUUUCAACGUUUACAAGAACCAAUGGAGGAGGAUACUAUCAAGUCACACUUCGAAAAGAUUACUUUGAUUGGAAAGAAGUAUCAUUACAGAAGGAAUCAGAAUGAUAAUCAGGAUCCUAAACAAAUUGUAGCAGUCCACAAUUCUCAUGCUGCUACUCUAGACCAAGUUCCCACAAACCAAAAUGGGGGUGUUUUAACGCCCCUUGAUCUGUGUGACGCAAGUGCAGCAAGUCCAGAUAUUAUUCCCAUUGUGUCUCAAAAUUCCCAUGCUACUGGUAUACCGUUGGCAAAUCAAGCUGCCGUAGGAUCAGUGCUUCCUACUUCUGGGGUAAAUACCUCUCUAUCUUCUGGUGUGGCUCUUGGUAAUAACUCUUCAUCUUCUGGCCAGCUUAAUGUCCCUAUCAGGGAUGGUCGGUACAAUGUUCCAAGAACAUCUUUGCCUGCUGAUGAGCAGCAGAGGAUGCAACACUAUGGUCAAAUGCUUUCCAACAGAAAUUUGCAGCAGCCUAACUUGUCUGUUUCUGGAGCUGACCGUGGCGUUCGCAUGCCACCUGGUGGAAAUCCCAUGGGCAUGAUGCAUGGGAUGAGCAGAAGCUUGCCACAGCCUAGGCCAGGUUUUCAGGGAAUGGCCUCAUCUUCAGUGCUGAACUCUGGUAGUAUGCUUUCAGCUGGAGUAGUUGGGAUGCCAAGCCUUGUAAAUAUGCAAUCUGCAAGUGGUUCUGGUCAGAGGAAUUCAAUGAUGAGAUCCCGUGAAGGUGUGCAUAUGAUGCGGGCUAACCAUAACUCGGAGCAUCAAAGGCAAGUAAUGGCUCCAGAGCUUCAGAUGCAGGUCACACAAACAAACAGUCAAGGAAUUCCUGCUUUUAAUGGGUUGAGUUCAACUCCUCCAUCUGUGCAUGCAUAUCCUGGUCACGCCCCACAGCAGCAUCAAAUGCCUCCACAACAAUCCCAUGUGAUGAAACAUCCUCAAAUUCAGGGCACCAACCAUACUACAGGAUCACAGCAGCAAGCAUAUGCAAUGCGUAUUGCUAAGGAAAGGAUGCAACAUCGGCUUCUGCAGCAGCAGCCGCAACAGAAUCAGCAACAGUUUGCUGCGUCUGGUGCAUUAAUAUCACAUGUCCAACCUCCUUCUCAACUCCCCAUAUCUUCAUCUAUGCAAAAUAGUUCCCAUAUCCAGCCACAAACUUCACAACAGCCAGUGUCACUUCCCACAUUAUCAUCACCGUCGUCUAUGACUCCUAUGUCAGUGCAACCACAACAGCAGAAGCAUACCCUGCCGCAUCAUGGUAUCAGUGCCAACUCUCAAACUGCUGCCAGUGGGUUGACCAAUCAGAUGGGAAAACAAAGACCCCGACAGCCACAGCAGAAUCAGCAGUUUCAACAAUCUGGCAGGAUCCAUCCUUCUCAGCGGCAGCACGCACAGUCUACACAGCAAGCUAAACUUUUGAAGGGAAUGGGAAGAGGGAAUAUGACGGUACAUCAGAAUCUUCCCAUUGAUCAUGCUCCAUUAAACGGCUUUUCUGUGCCAACAGGAAACCAAAGUGCAGAUAAGGGAGAGCAUAUCAUGCACUUGAUGCAAAGUCAAGGCUUGUAUCCUGGUUCUGGUUUGAGCUCAAUACCAUCCUCUAAACCAUUGGCUACUCAGUCCUCAAACCAUUCUCAGCCUCAGCAAAAGUUAUUUUCUGCCUCUGCACCACCUUCAUCAAAGCAAUUGCAGCAGGUGCCUUCUCAUGCUGAUCCCAGCACUCAAGGUCAGGUACCAUCAGUAUCAUCUGGUCAUUCAUUGUCUACUGCUCAUCAAACUCUCCCUGCUUCCAUCAUGGCUUCCAACCAUCAGCACCUGCAACCGCAACCACAAAUACAGCAGAAGCAGGCCAGUCAGGCUCAACCAACUGUCCAGAGAAUGGUUCAACAGAAUCGGCAGUUGAAUUCUGAACUCCCAACCAAGUCUCAAAUUGAUCAGGGGCAUAUAGAACAGCAGCCCUUCUGCAAUGUUCCACAGAUGGGUGCAACUACAAACACGUCAGUGUCUCAGUCCUCUAAUGAUUCAGCAAAUGUGGUGCCAGUUGUUUCUUCUUCUGUUGCUUCUCAGUGGAAACCAUCAGAACCCUCAUGUGAUUCUGCCUUGACGAAUUCUGCUUCUCAAGGGGGUUCUAUUGCUUGUCCACCUCUUACAAAUUCAGCAGGAAGUGAGCCAAUCGCAUCUGUCAACCAAGGUUUAGGCCAAAGGCAGUUAUCAGGAGGCUUGGCCCAACAUAAGGGUGCUGGAUCUCAGAGGCAGCAGCAUCUACCGCCUCUACAGUCAUCGCCUCCACCUCUACAACCUGUAUCUCAGCAACUGUUCCAGCCACAAGAGCAGCAAUUACAACCAGAAGAGCAGUCAUCACGACAACAGCUGCCAUUGCAACAGCACUCUCAGCAGCACACCCAGCAUCCUCAAUCAGCACAAGGAAGUUUAUAUAUGAGGCCCACCAAUUCUCACAUGGAAUGAUUCAAUAUAUAGAUUGAGCAGUUCUGGAAGCACUCGGUGCUGCUACAGUGUGGGUUCGCAUGCUCUUAUACCAGCAAUGUACAGGCUGAUUACUCCACGGUGACAUUUCAAAAUUGGAGGCAGUGACUAUUUUUUGCAGGCUUUGUUAAAAAAUUACCCAAUGAAAUGUCUAGGGGCCAUUUUUUUGUUAAAAACGGUCUAAUUUUAUUAAAAUUAGGGGAAAGCAUGUAAAUUACCACUUGUGUAGGGCUAAUGGAAGAUGAAGAUGAAUAUAGGUGAUUGUACAGGGUCUCAUCUGUCCAUUUCUUGUACUUCCCCCACCUUUUGUUUAGUUUACUUUUUGCAGGCAGUAGCAGCAGUAGGUUAGUGCAUGUAAUUUUGUUACACUAGCAGAUUAUGUUGGUAGCCAUCAUUGUUAUGGGCAAAAUGGCCCUUAGAAAUUUUGUGAAUACAAGCUCUCUGGUGUACACUAGUCUCAAUCAUCUAUCGCUGCCAUUGCCAUCCAUUGCACGACUAUCCGUGAUGGCCGACCCAUCUGGUAAUCUGUAUAUAUUGACAAAUUAAUAGUUACAAUCUUUCCUCUUCGCCCUUUUUCA